UUGGCACAGUUAGUAGCACACUCCUGUUGGUCUGAGUGUAGGCUCGGUUGACAGUCCAAUCCAAUGCUUGGGAGAGAAUUUCAUUGUGGGAAGUGCUGUCCUCUGAAAUGAGGUGUUCUUCCCACUCUGUUCCUGCUAACUCUUCGAGCCAAAGCCCUAAUGGGUAGGGUGGUCUUCGCUGGAUGAGCAGCUAGAACCUUGGUGUACUGUAGCUUAGUGGCUCAAGCAUUUGCCUCACGACCCAAAGGACCUGGGUUCAAUUCCCAGGCAGGGCAAAAUGUUGGGUCCGUACACUCUUUGUCAGUGGUCUUCCUAUGGACAUUAAGCCACGGGAACUCUACCUGCUCUUUCGACCAUUUAAGGGGUAUGAAGGUUCACUCAUCAAGUUAACAUCCAAGCAGCCAGUUGGGUUUGUUACCUUUGACAGUCGUACCGGAGCUGAAGCUGCUAAGAAUGCACUAAAUGGCAUUCGCUUCGAUCCUGAGAACCCCCAGACUCUGCGGUUGGAGUUUGCAAAAGCCAACACAAAGAUGGCCAAAAGCAAGUUGAUGGGGACACCCAAUCCCACAAACAUGCACCCUGCUCUGGGAGCACACUUCAUUGCACGAGACCCUUAUGACCUUGCAGGGACAGCACUGAUCCCUGCAUCUCCAGAGGCCUGGGCACCCUAUCCACUGUACACUGCCGAACUGACCCCUGCCAUUCCACACGCUGCGUUCACCUAUCCCGCAGCUGCUGCUGCAGCCGCUGCACUUCACGCUCAGACUGCCCCUAUCCAAGACAUUGCUUCUCCAUCGAGUGCUGUGCAAGGACAGACUGGAUACGGGAUUUGUUUUCAGGGUCACUUAUGGGAAUGAGCUUCAACUUUGCUUAUUCCAACUACCAAACUUGGGAGCUAUCUUUUGGAGGACUGUGGAUUGAAGACUUUUACCGGUGGAUUUUCACGCGGGAGAAUAUGUAAUCUGACCCAAUUAAACACCUGGUGCAAGGACCAGAGCAGCAUGGUAUCUUCCUGCAGAGCUGCAGAAUCCAAGGUUAAUAUUGAAUUGACGAACAGCUUAAGGCAAGACCAUGUGAAAUAUGGGUGGCAUGGACUGAAUGCUGCAUCUAAUCUAUUGUGUUUUUUUUGUAUAUGUGUUUGUACCUUGCAACCCUAGUCUUUAACCCCUCUUCCCCUCCCCUCUCUCAUCUCGUGCCUCGUUCCCUCUUUCUGUUGACCUGGUUUGAUGAUUUUAUAAAGAUGGUUUGCAACAAAAGGUGGUUGACUAGUAACCAUUUCAAGACUUUGUUUUAGGAUUAAAAGCUUUUAAGCACCAGUUUCUUAUUGCCAUUGGACACACCUCCAAUCUCCAACAUCCAGUUGACAAUCAGGAGAUCUCACCGGUAUGAUUUGAAGUUGCCACAGCCUCAGAGAUGGCCUCCCAGCUUGCUAACGCGUCAUCUUUUCUGAAGAACCGAUCGAUCUUGCCAAAUAUCAGCUGUUCUUGUUUAAAAGUAUUUUGAACAAUAUUGGGUACAAGUAUUUUUGUACUGGUGUGAUGAAGAAUAUUUAUGCAUCAAGGAUUUUUUGUGCAAUUAAAAACAAAAUUGUAAUCUGUAUUAUAACUUAAAUGUUAGUUCAGUUGAUAUUGAGUUUGGAAAAAAAAUCUGAUUAUAGCCCAUAUGGUAGUUUAAAAGUGCAAUUGUAUUGUGUUUUUUUUUGCUUACUUUUGCUUGGUGUUAAGUACUUAAAAGUAUUAAGAGUGGUUAAUGCUUGUGUAAGGACUGCAAGAUUUAUGAUGUACGUUGCUGAUCCUUCUAGAAUGUGAAACUAGAUUAUAAAGACUGAAUGUUAAAUAG